UUUGGAUUUUGAUUUUGAGUAGUUGUCCCUGGAUGGUCCAUUUUCUAUGGAGUGGCGGCGGGAGUGUCAAGCAGCCGUAGAGGUGCUCGCUUAGUAAGACUUCCUUCACUCAGUGUCGUCUGGCUGGCUGUAUUAGCAUUGCCAAAGAGCCAUGCCUGAUUAUGUUGAGACAAACUUUGAUGAAAGAAGUGGGAUAGUGCCAUGCAAGGUGCCAUGGGGCAGGUGGUGGCAGACAGUUGCUGAAGUCCACACUGAGGUGGACAUACCUGUGGGAACGAAGUCAAAAUCCAUACAGGUAGUUGUCAAACCAUCUCACAUUAAGGUGGUGGUUUUGGACAAGGUGAUUUUUGAGGGACAACUGUUUGGGGUGGUGAGAGCAGACGAGACAGUAUGGACACUGGAAGACAAGAAAUUACUACACAUUGCUAUGUCCAAGGCUGAUGCCUGCAGCAAGGAGACACUAUGGGAGGGACUGCUGACUGACAACUUCCUCGCUGACCCCUGGACCAUCCAUGAAAUGAGAAAGAAAUUAGAUCUUGAACGAUUCCAGAUUGAGAAUCCUGGCUUUGACUUCAGUGGUGCUACACUCAAGAAAUGUUACGAUAAAGUUCCUCAGUCUGCCCUGGAGAAGUUGGAGGAGCAGAAAGCCUUGGAAGCACAGACUUCUUCACAACAGUCUGUCAAGUGAAGGCAGCUGAAGAUUUCUAGAAAAUACAAAUACAUGAACAGUAUUGUGAAGAUAAUUCACUCGCAUGUUAGUGAAACUGCAUUCAAGUUUGCAUUGCAACUAAUGGACAGUGUGAAUACUGUAUUGAAAUGCCAGCUUUCAGUUUCUUUUAAGGGAAUAUGUUUUAUUCUUUUUUUUUUGUUUCCUAUUAUAAGUUUCUUAUUUAUAUCAGAUAUCCUUAAUAUUAAGUGUUCAUAUUAUAAACAUUGUUUUAUUUAUUAUUCAAUUUAUUUUUAGCAUCUAUUUUACUAUAAAAUGUCUAGCUAGAUGUUUUUAUCCUAAAAGUACUUUAUUUUAAAUAUAUCAACUCUCUGGUCA